CUCUGCUGGGGGUCCUGGGAGGCUGGAUGUGGAGCGGAGGAGGGGGCGUGUCCUGGCCUGGCCCCGUCCUCUUCCCCGCGAUCCCCACCUCCUCCCCAGUCGGGGCUGGCGGGGUCGCGAGGGCACUGCAGGCGACUGGGGGCGUACGCGCUGCGGCAGCAGGGCCCGGGUCUGUGGGGCCCUUUGUGCGGCGCGGGCGGAGCUGUCUCCGCGGGAGGGGCCGGAGGGGCGGGAGGAGAGGGAAGAGAGGGCGGUGCCCUGGCCCGCCCCGCCGCUGCCGCAGCCCCCGCCCCCGGCCCGCCCGGCCCGCGGCGGCAGCGUGGCCUCAGCGCGGCGUCAGCAGCAGUGGCGGCGGCGGCGGCAGCGGCUGGCGGCCGCGCGGGUGUUUAUGUCGGGUCGCGGGGUCUCGCGGCAGCAUGGCGGACUACCUGAUCAGCGGCGGCACCGGCUACGUGCCCGAGGACGGGCUCACCGCGCAGCAGCUCUUCGCCAGCGCCGACGGCCUCACCUACAACGACUUCCUGAUCCUCCCAGGAUUCAUAGACUUCAUUGCUGAUGAGGUGGACCUGACCUCAGCCUUGACCCGGAAGAUCACGCUGAAGACGCCGCUGAUCUCCUCCCCCAUGGACACUGUGACAGAGGCUGACAUGGCCAUUGCAAUGGCUCUGAUGGGAGGUAUUGGUUUCAUUCACCACAACUGCACCCCAGAGUUCCAGGCCAACGAGGUGCGGAAGGUCAAGAAGUUUGAACAGGGCUUCAUCACGGACCCCGUGGUGCUGAGCCCCUCGCACACUGUGGGUGACGUGCUGGAGGCCAAGAUGCGGCAUGGCUUCUCUGGCAUCCCCAUCACCGAGACGGGCACCAUGGGCAGCAAGCUGGUAGGCAUCGUCACCUCCCGAGACAUCGACUUUCUUGCUGAGAAGGACCACACCACCCUCCUCAGUGAGGUGAUGACACCAAGGAUCGAGCUGGUGGUGGCUCCAGCAGGCGUGACAUUGAAAGAGGCAAAUGAGAUCCUGCAGCGUAGCAAGAAAGGGAAGCUGCCUAUUGUCAAUGAUCAUGAUGAACUGGUGGCCAUCAUCGCCCGCACCGACCUGAAGAAGAACCGAGACUACCCUCUGGCCUCCAAGGAUUCCCACAAGCAGCUGCUGUGCGGGGCAGCUGUGGGCACCCGUGAGGAUGACAAAUACCGCCUGGACCUGCUCACCCAGGCAGGCGUCGAUGUCAUAGUUUUGGACUCGUCCCAAGGGAACUCAGUGUAUCAGAUUGCCAUGGUGCAUUACAUCAAGCAGAAGUACCCCCAUCUCCAGGUGAUUGGGGGGAACGUGGUGACAGCAGCCCAGGCCAAGAACCUGAUUGACGCUGGUGUGGACGGGCUGCGCGUGGGCAUGGGCUGCGGCUCCAUCUGCAUCACCCAGGAAGUGAUGGCCUGCGGUCGGCCCCAGGGCACUGCUGUGUACAAGGUGGCCGAGUAUGCUCGGCGCUUUGGUGUGCCCAUCAUAGCUGAUGGCGGCAUCCAGACCGUGGGGCACGUGGUCAAGGCCCUGGCCCUUGGAGCCUCCACAGUGAUGAUGGGCUCCCUGCUGGCCGCCACCACGGAGGCCCCCGGUGAGUACUUCUUCUCAGACGGAGUGCGGCUCAAGAAAUACCGGGGCAUGGGCUCGCUGGAUGCCAUGGAGAAGAGCAGCAGCAGCCAGAAACGAUACUUCAGCGAGGGGGAUAAGGUGAAGAUUGCACAGGGUGUCUCAGGCUCCAUCCAGGACAAAGGGUCUAUUCAGAAGUUCGUGCCCUACCUCAUAGCAGGCAUCCAGCAUGGCUGCCAGGAUAUUGGAGCCCGCAGCCUGUCUGUCCUUCGGUCCAUGAUGUACUCAGGAGAGCUCAAGUUUGAGAAGCGGACCAUGUCGGCCCAGAUCGAGGGUGGCGUCCAUGGCCUGCACUCCUAUACCUUUCUGCCGUUUACGAGAAGCGGCUGUACUGAGGACAGCAGCGGAGGCCGAGGUGGUGGAGGGGGCACACCCCAGUGUCUGCCUUCAGACGCAGCUUCCCUCCAUAACUGAGUGGUCCACAGAUUUGCACUACGGGUUCCCCAGCUCCUUUCCAGGGAGAGAGGGGGGAGGUUCUGAGGGGCCUGUGGCCCCUCACUGGGCAUCCCCCAGAGUCAGGUCUGCUCCCUGGGCCAGGCUGCCCUGGGAGCCCCCGCCCGAGCCCAGCCAGCCAGGCUCUCAGGCCCUGCGCCUGCCUCAGGUCUUUCUUGCUGCAGCCUGCUCCAGCCCGGCCCCCACCCCAGGGGCAGGCAGCCCCUCCUGGCUUCUCCUGUAGGGCACCUCCCUGCCCCCAGCCCCCUAGGAAAUGGUGCUCUCCUGGCCCUGCCUCUGGCCCUGUUCCUGGGCCGCUGCCCCCUCAGCCAUGUGACACUUCUGAGCUCCUGACCUAGGCCAAGGGGAGGUAUCUGCCCCCUUCCCCGGCCCUGGGCUACUCUUGGGUCCUGCUCCUGAGGCCACUCCCCUGUCCCUGUCCCUGGGGAGGAGGCUGCCCUGGUCAUGGCCGCCUGCCCAUCAUUCCUGACUCACCACCAUCCCCAGGUGUACCAUUCCUGCCCUCUCCUCAGCUGCAGUUGAAGGCUUUAACUUUGCACACUUUGGGAUUACAAUCGUGUCAUUGUAUAUUAAAUAAUCAGAAUAAAUCAAGCAGGUCUCAACAUCUCCA